AUGAUAAGGAAACCAGGAUUGGAUGAUGAAAUCCUAGAUAAAUCGAAAGAAACCCUCGAAAAUCGCAGUCCUUUGCCGAAUGUGACGAGUGUCGAUUUGGGUUUAAAAGAAGGGAGCUGCGCCCUGGGUGAUGUGGUGUAUAUGCCGGGAGACCAGUUGCCCGGGACCAGUCCUUGCGAGCGGUGCAAAUGCUCCGACGGCGUUGUUGAGUGUUCCAAGCAGACCUGCGAACCUCGGCCUGGCUGCAAGGCCCUCCACCGGCCCGACCACUGCUGCCCAACUUACCAGUGUGAAUGUGAACAGGAAGGCCGAAUAUAUGGCAAUGGUGAAAAGCUAGUAGAUCCCCUAGACCCUUGCCGCGUGUGCUACUGUCAGGGAGGAGAGGUGGUAUGCCGCCGUAUCGCUUGCUUCGUACGCGACGACUGUCAGCCGCGGCUCGUGCCUGGACGCUGCUGUCCUGAAUACGACAACUGUCCUGUUCGAGAUGGCACGCCGCUUCCCAGUAUUGUUACGUCGGUUCCAAGUGUGUCCAUAUUUGACAACAUCGCAUUAAGUGCCAUCUCCUCCGCACCAAGUGGACUAGCUAAGCCAGAAAUCACCAUCAAAGAAAUCACUCCCGUGUCCGAAAUUCCAGUAAUCACUGACGUAAAGAUAAAGGAAAUUUUACCUUCCCCUAGCAUCGAAGUUGCUGAAUAUUCGUCCUCGAAAUCACCUCUUAUAACACGAGAGGCAUCUACGGAAAGAAGUUCCAAUAACGACAAUAUAUCGGUCGACACUACGGAGUCAAAAGAUGGACUUUCUUCAUUUGUACCUGUAGAACCAGAGUCAACUGCAAGUGAACAAUCUGGUACUAAAGCUAUAAAUGAUGUAACUCUAUCGAAAGUAAAUCUUUCAACUGAGGAUUCUAGCAAUGAUAGCAAUUUUCAAUCUAAAAUUCCUAAUAUCGUAUCAAUGAUGGGAGUUGCUUCUAUUUCGGACUCAAGCUCUUCAACUACCAAGGCAGCAAUAACAGAAGAGGAAGACUUAGAUCACAAUCCAGCUUUCCCACCAAUCCCCGAUGAUUUAUUUUUAGUCUUAAGUAAUCAUGAAGAAGAUAUUCUGCCCGAGCAGGCAUUAGACAAUGAACACGUGCCAACUGAUCAAGAAGCUGUCAAAGCCUCAAACGUGCCAAUUUCAACACAGGAACCAAUUUUUAAAGAGUCUCCAGCAACUACGGUGAGUUAUAUGUUGGAUAUUGCAACCAUUACGAGUGAAAGUUCACCAGAAAACUUAGCUGAGACAAGUACCUUCAAAGAUGCCACGGUCAGUACACAAUUCCCUAUAACAAAGGAAAAUCCAAUGUUGAAUAUGAGAUCGGUAAUCCCAACAGAAAUAUUAAACAUCCCAUCUCUAAUAUCAGACGAUAUUACCGGUGAAAUGUUGGAUGUCACUGAAAGUUCAAUGUCAACUGUGGUCGAUGAUGAAUCUGUGGCUACUGAAAUUUCAGCAACCGAUGGUUCAGUAAAAUAUAUUGAUAGUGAACUCCAACCUAAACAAGAAAAACCUUUUUCCGAAGUAAGUUUUAUUAACUCACAAACAAGCAAUGAAAUGGACGAAACUACUAAUACUAUGUCUAAAUCAACCGAAAUAAUAUCUGAAACAGAAUUCAGUUCCAUACCCAUUGAAACUAGUGACCAAAAUCCUCAUGAAGUUACAGAGAAAGAGAAUAAAGAUAAAUUAACUGCAUUCACAGUUAAUCUCAUACCAACAGAGACAUCUAGCACAAAGCCAAUGUUUAAUGAAGAUGAAAGUAUUACGAUGGCGAGGAGUUCUGAAAAAGAAAACCAAUCGUUUGAAAAUGUUGAAACGACGGAAUUUAUUCUAACUUCAUUUGGUUCUCAGGAAAGUUCUACUGAUGCCGUCGAGUUAAUAAAAGUUUCAUCAAACGAUGACAAAAGCUCAGCUAUAAUUGAAUCUCCUAACAAUAAGAAUAGCAAUGUUUUGACAGAUCUGAUAAACUUGGUAGGUGAUGUUGCUUCCAUCAGUGACCAUACAGAAAAGCCAGAUUCAGAGCGCCAUACAUCCAGCGCCACUACCAUUUCGGAUUCUGAGGAAUUAAUACCAGUCAAUGUAGCUGCCGGGUAUAAAAGUAAAAAUAAAAACUAUAACGUGAAUUCUAUUACUGAAAUGCCACUGAAACAUAAAGUUCCAAUGAUGGUUAGCAAACAAAAUGUCGUGGAAAUCGAGGGUGAUGAUGAUUCAGAUGUAAUAACUGAUUCUCCUCCACCCAACGAUAAAGUAGAGCCCACCACUCGUCGUCCAAUAAUUGAUAACGUAUCAGACACCGAUAACAAAACCGAAGUAACUGAUAAAAGGGACAUAGAAAUUAUUACAAAAUCCUACGUUCCAACACUCAAUAGACGGCCAACUAAAGUGAUCAUGAAGAAUAACGAUGAGAAACUGUCGUCUGAGGAAUCGUCGAGUGACGAUCCCGUAUCGACGCCAGAAGUUACCGCUGAAAUCGCUUCCGGUCCAAGUGAUGUUACUAAAGAACCUGAAUUGAACAUAAGUUCGUCCAAAGAGGUCACUAGCACUCCUGAAGUCGUGAGCUCAGCUAGUGAGGUCAAGGUAUCCUCUGAUGCAAACGAGUCUUUGGAGUCCGAGGAGUCACCCGCAAAGGAACAGUCCACAGAAUCGUCGAAUGCGGCGACCCAGUGAGUUGUCGGUUGAACUGUCGACGGUACCUCAUCUUAUCAGCAUUUUGUAGUUAUUAAGUUUCGUUCUCGAAACUAUAAGUUACAUAGAGACUACUAGGUUUAUAGUUACGUGAAUAUUAUCAAAUUAACUAAUCGUCAAUUCGCGUCCGCAGAUUAGGGCUGUCGGACUCGCGCAAUAACGUAGACGGUCAGUUGAAUUUAUUAAUUGUAUUAGCUGGACAAAUUAUUUAUAAUCGUUAGUAUAGUCGAGUGCGAGAAGGCGUCAGGGUGCGAGACGCACUUCUGACAUCUGAAAGAAUAAAUUAAUAGCUUUCAGUGUUAGCAUAAGUUAUUUAUUUUAGUGCGAGUAACGUGAGUAGAACGAUUGAUAUAUAAGCAACCAAGCUAGUCAACUCGUGACCAUCUCGACGCCACGUUGCCAUUUUCAAACUAUUAAGGUCACGAAAGCUUCCGCGUAGAGGUAGUUCCUUUAGGAGUUAGGUACGCGCUCCUAGACGGACCGGGAAGGCCCUCAGGGAACGGACGUGACGCACUCGGUACAAAACGAAUUUGAUAUUAAUAUUCGAACUUAUGAUCUAGAUGAAGAUUUAUUAGUGUAUGUGGACGCACAUAGACUCUAUUUAUGCACUUUAUAAUGUUAUACCCCAAAUUUCGAGGAACGCUUUUUAUUCCUGAUGGCUCAAAUCAUUCUAAGAAAGUCUUAUAUGGAGUGUUAUUGUAUUAUUCGAUAUGUUCAGGUUUAGGUUGUCGUUUGCUGAUCCGAAGGUCAGUUCGGUUGUCCAGACCACGUGGGCGCGGUCUUAUGGCUAAGUUGAGAUCCCGGAAUGCUCCUUCUUGCUCCGGAAGACCUUAUCUUUUCCCGGGCAAUAAGCGCAUAUGCUAAUUUGUAUUUAAUUUAAAGUAUUGUUUUUUUUUUUACAAAUAAAACAAAUUAGACUGA